UUGUAUGUAUUUCGUGCGAAUUUCCCCAAACGUAAAAAGCGGCGGAUGAUAACUUGAGAGAAAAAUGUCGAGUUAUCGGAUUGGCAUGAAUUUGAGGGUUACAGAGGAUAGUAACCAAGGUGGACGCCGUUAUAUGGAAGAUAGACAUGCUAUUAGAUUUGUGAAAAACGAUGAAGGAGGGUUUGAAUUUGCUUACUUCGGCAUAUUUGACGGCCAUGGUGGUGGGGAAGCUUCAAAGUACGCUCGUGACUAUUUAUUAGAUGAAAUUACAAAGUAUGAUUGCUUUUGGAGUGACAAUGAUGAUGAUAUAUUAUACGCCAUCAAGUCUGCAUUCAUGGACACUCAUUUGGGAAUGUGGAAAGAAGUUGAUAAGUGGCCAAGAACAGCUAGUGGAUUGCCAAGUACAGCAGGAACAACAGCCAGUAUAUGUAUAAUUAAGAACUCUAAAUUAUAUAUUGGUCAUGUUGGUGAUUCGGCAAUUGUCUUAGGUUGCAAUGAGAGUAAGUCGGAGAAGAUAGUUAGACCAAAGGCAAAAUUAUUGACAAAGGAGCACAAACCAGAUGAUCCUGAUGAGUUAAAACGUAUCGAGUUAAGUGGUGGUCAAGUUGUAGCAAAAUCUGGGGUACAGAGAGUCGUUUGGAAUCGUCCAAGAACUGAUCACAGAGGACCUAUAAGAAGAAGUACACAGAUAGACAGAAUUCCCUUUCUGGCUGUUGCCCGUUCACUAGGUGAUCUUUGGAGUUACAACUAUUUGAAGGAAGAGUUUGUUGUCUCCCCUGAACCUGAUGUAUCUGUUCACAAACUGGAUCCUGCUACUGAUAAGUGCCUUGUCAUUGGCUCUGAUGGUUUAUGGAACAUGUUGACUGCAGAGGAGUCAGUCAGCUCAGUGUUUGAUUUAGAAUGUCAGUUUGAAUACAAAGUUAUCAAUGAUCCGACUGUCCCCUUGUCAUACUGGAUCAAUCCAGCUGAACGUCUAGUACAGGCUGCCCUGAACAAAUGGAGAAUGAGGCUAAUGAAAGCCGACAAUACAAGUGCAAUAGUUGUCCUAAUUGAUCCACUUGGUCCACGAAAACUUUCAAUUCUGAAAAAGAAACGUGAGGAAAGAAUGAAAGAGAUUGCCCUACAGAAAUCUCAUGAUAACCAUGCUGUAAUGGAUUUGUUGACAGCAAAGGAGAGUUUAACAAAAUCACCAAAGAAGGUCCAUGCAAAAAAUACUGUGCCUUCACUAGCAGCACUAAAGCCAAAACUAGAAAAUGACGAGGAUAAGAAGUCAAAUGGUGUGAAAAAAGAGAACAAAACACACGCACAUACGAAAGAUAAUAAAACAUGUGCGAUAGCUAAAGAAGAAUCUCAUGCCAAAUCACAGAACCAUAGUAACAAAGUGAUAACAUCACCUAUGCAUAGAGGCUCAGACAGUUUAGAUGAAAGUGUACAGAUAAGAAAUUCGCACUUAGUGUCACCUGUGCCAAACGGUCAUAAGAAACAUGAAGGAAAAUCGCUGGGAUCACCCCAGCCCAAAGCAUCACCUCUACAGACUAGUUCUAGUGAAAACUUGUGUAGAACUGGUAUGGCGACACGUAGUUCUCCACAGAAAUCACCGGAAAGUGUGAAAAAUUCUGUGAAUGCUUUGACUAAUAGUGUUAAUAAUGACACAAAUAUGCAUCAAACUAGAUCUCAUGCACAUGGUACAAAUACAGUAGCUAGUAGUCUUCAACAGAAGUGUUUACAGCCUUGCAAAAAUACCUCAGAAAAUGUGAAAAACGUCCCCACGAGUAAAGUGCCGCAUACAGACCUCAAAGUUAAAGAUCUAGUGAACUUCUACUCAACUGACGUGAAGUUAGGUCUGAGAAACUUGAAUCUGAAAAAUUCUCAAAAAUCAAAAUUCGGUAAAAAUCUGAACAAUUCUAAUGCAGCAAGUGAUGGAUUGAGGGUGACGAAAAAGACUCACAGCAACAAGAGUCUGACGACUAGAAUCAGUAUGAGGCUACGUAGGCUACGACAGAAGACACAGAAAGGUAAACUGAAGAACCAAAGUGAAAACAAACGCUUCAUUGCAAAGCCUGGCAUGAAGAGGAAAAUGGAGCCGAACCAAUCCUGUGGUACGCCAGCAUCAAAGAAAAUCCGUCAUUCCUAAUUAACUUCAUCAAUUUUUUAUUGAGGAGAAUUUAAAAAAAAAAAAAUAUAUAUACAAAACCAUAUAAAAUACAAGUGAUCUUAAAUGAACUGAAAUUUUUAUAUAUGCAAAUUUUUACUUUUAAAAGAAAAACCCUGUUGUUAGUUUUAACAAAGUUCUAUGUUUUAGAAAGAUUUUUGAAUUUAUGUGCUGAGAUGAUGAUGACUUUUAGUUUAUUACAUAAAACAAAUAUACCAGUGUAAUAGAUUUUGAGUUUUUUUACAUAAAACAAAUAUACCAGUGUAUUUAAAUGGUGAUAUUAGAUAUUUUAAGUAGAUCUUUAUUAAUUUUGUUUUUACAAAUAAAAUAUGAGUACACUUUUAACCACGACAUUAAAUUGUAAAUUAGUUAUUUUACAAACUGAAUUGAAUUUUUAUAUAUUGAAAAAGAUAUUAAUUAGUAUUAUUAUGAAAACAUACCAGAUUUUUUUUUUUAAUUGAUUGUAAAGACAAGUUCAGACAUUAUUUCUGACCUCUUUCAUUGCAAGAAAUAAAAAAAGCAAUUUCUCCUGCAAAUUAUACUGCUGUUUCAACUUUUAUUUGUUAAUUGUUGAAUGUUUUUGUUUGUUUUUUUAUUGUUACGCUUAUUUAUAGUUUCUGUAAAUAAUUCAACUGUAUAUAAGACGCUCUGCUCUGAUGCAGAGGUCAUUCAUUGGGUAUAGAAUAGAUAGAGUACCUGUCAAAUGUGAACAAAUUUACAUCUCUAAAAUUUUCAUAAUUUAUAUGAUUAAAGAUUGAAAAGAUCCAUUGCCAAGACUACUUACAAGGGGAUAGGGGUGGAAACUUAAAAAAAGUAUAGAUAUGUUCAUAUUGAACCAGUUGUUUAAAAUUUAAACUUUGCAUGGUUAGAAAACUGCAUGAAUAUUUGAAUGCAGAAUAAUUGUACAAAUCGUCACCUUAGUGCAAUAACUGGUUAACUCCUGUUAAAUUUAGAAGGAGUUAACCUGUUACUGCACUAAGGUGAAGAAUGGAGUAUUUAACUGCUGUACACAAUGUAUAAAGAAAGAUGUCAACAUUAAGGACAGGAGCUAUACAUGUAUUUUAAAGGUAUGAUUUUUCUACCCGCGCUUAAUCAUACAGAUGACAGUGAAAGAAUGAAAGUGUAGUCUUAAUUGAUGCUGUCACCUUCCUCACUGAACCUGAAUCAUGCUCCGAGUGUAUCCUGUUGUGUGAAUGCAGUUAAUGUCAUGUUUGUGUGGUCAGGGAUUGGUGAUAUUGUUAAAGGGACUCCAUUGAGAUUGUUGCCUUUUUUCUCUCUUUUUUACAUGAGAAUAACUUUUCUUCUUUUUUUUCUUUUUUUACAUGAGAAAAGACUAGAAACAUUUUAUCAAGAUUUAUGUACCAUUUGAUGUAUGUUUGGACCAUUAACUAGUGAGCAAAUUUUCAGAUUAUUUGCUUACUCCUUGCAUACAAUGACUGGAAAAUGAAAUGUUGUACUGCUUUUAAAUCAAAUCACAUACUUUUUUUCAUUCAAUUACACUUAAUAUCUUUUGCAUUUUCUUUUCUUUUUAAAGCGUAACAGUUCAUCUAUGUAAGAAUUUCAAAUUUCAUGUUUUUAUGCAUUUAGACCUCAAUAGUGUUCCUUUCAUGUAUGAAUUUAUAUAUGACAUAUGUGCAUGUGUGUGUGUGUGUGUGUUUAUAAUUUUUGUGUGACAAACAUUGAAUAUCCCACCAUUACAUUAAAUUUACUUGGGGGCAUUAUGAUAUUAUGCCCCUUUAUUGAUAUUACCGUUAUAUAGCAAUAAUGUGUAAGACUUUUUCAGAAUUCAGUCUUGCAUUGUUACUGCAGUAUUGUAUAUUUAAAUUGUAUAAAAAUCUACUGUGAAAAAGCACAAUGUGGUCAUAAAAAUCUGUUAAAAGUAAAUGUGUUUUAAAUGAAAUAUUAGGUUGUGUAGUGUAAAGAUGCAACGCUUUUUUAAGCAAAAGUCUUCUGUUGUUACAUCAUAACAUCAUUCAAUUAAAAAGAUAUUGUGUGUGUUUCUGUAUUAAUGAUAAGACAAGCUUCAAAUUUUCUCUGUAUAAUUAAUAGGACAAUCUUUAAAAUAGGGUGACAGGAAAAGCUUUUGGUAUUUUUGUAUAAAAAGAACACCUUUUCACAUUAUUUUGUAACAGAGAUAUUAAAAUGGAAUGAUUUGGUGUGUAAAACUUCUAUGUAUGAAAGAUGUUUGAUUCGAACUGUGGCAUGUUAUCUAUAAGGUGUUACAUGUUGGAUGUUACAUGUAACAGACAGGGUGUAGCAUGUUACACAUAGGAUGUUACAUGUAACAGACAGGAUGUGGCGUGUUACACAUAGGAUGUUACAUGUAACAGACGGGUGGCAUGUUACACAUAGUAUGUUACAUGUAACAGGCAGGAUGUGGCAUGUUACACAUAAGGUGUUACAUGUAACAAGUCAGUUGUGGCAUGUUACAGGUAGAGUGUAUGCAUGUUAUAUGUAAGAGCAGAGUGAGAAUGAAAACAAUAAAGAUCUCAGGGAUACAUUGGUGUUAUCCAAUGUUUGUAAGAUUGUUUUUAGUUUCAUGUGUAUGACUGUGUCUACAAAAUCACCACCCAACAAAAAUGUGCUUUAGGUGUUGAUAAAUGUUCUUGGGGAAAUAUUUGCUGUGCUGCAUGUUUAAUGAAACAACUUAAAGCUUUCCUUGAAAUAAAAAAAGGUUCAUUGACAACAAAUAAGUGUAUAAAAGUUACAUUGCAAUGUAUGGUGUCAGAAUUGUUUGUUUUAUAGUCAUAAAUAAAUAACUUACAAAAACCAACACAAUUUAUCAAAACAUGUUUCGCUCUAUUAGGCUUCGUCAGUUUAAUGACAUGAACAUUUUUUCCAUUUAUUGAUAUAAGAUAGUUGUGAAAGCAGAAACACAAUAAGUAUGAUACAGAAAUCACACCAAGUCCCGAUUUCUUUUUAAUGUACUUAAAUUAGCGUGUAACUCGUUUAAUUUCUUUUUAGUAUUGAAAUUUUCCCAUUGUUAACAUACAGUUGAAAAUAGAAACUAAAGGGGUAUUUUUAUAUAAGCAAACUGUAACAAACUUCUCCAUAUGAGAUUGUUUAUUAUGAGACUCUAAUACGAAUAAUCCAUUUAUAUUCUUCAUGGGCAUUUACUUUAUAAAAAACUUUUGAGUAUUUAUUUAUUAAUAUGUGAUACUUAAAACAAUGUUUCUUAGUGCAUCAAUUUUUUUAAAGAGGAUAAAAUUGUCAUUUUUAUGUUUUUAAGUAGAUUUAAGUUUAUUGCUCACAUUCUUUUAAAACAUGUCAUCAAUUUUAGUAGUGUUUGAAAGUUGACUGUAUUGUUUUAAAAAUUUUAAAAUGAAAUUAUAUCAUUUAUUUUUUAAGUUAGAUAUUUUUUAAUGAAACAGAGUAGCUGUAUGUGUAAUUAUAAAAAUAAUUUAUGAAUAAAUGAAAGCAUUUUUUCAUUGA